AUGUUUGAUCCGUGCCGGCUCGGCGGGCACAGGCUUUGUGAUCUGAUGAUGGCUCUCGUUAUGGAACCUAUUAGCAAGUGGACGCCCAAGCAAGUAGUGGAUUGGAUGAAAGGCCUCGAUGAUUGCCUCCAACAAUACAUCAAAAACUUUGAGAGAGAGAAGAUCAACGGGGAGCAGCUGCUGCACAUCACUCACCAGGAGCUGGAGGAGCUGGGGGUGACUCGCAUUGGCCACCAGGAGCUGAUCCUGGAAGCAGUGGAUCUGCUCUGUGCAUUGAAUUAUGGUUUGGAGACUGAAAACCUGAGGACUCUGUCUCACAAGCUGAACGCCUCAGCCAAAAACCUCCAGAACUUCAUAACGGGUAGGAGGAGGAGUGGCCACUACGAUGGCAGGGCCUCCAGACGGCUGCCAAAUGAUUUCCUUACCUCUGUAGUUGACCUGAUUGGUGCUGCCAAGAACUUACUCGCCUGGCUGGACAGGUCUCCGUUUGUCAGCGUGACAGAAUAUUCACUGCUGAAAAACAACAUUGUUCAACUGUGCCUGGAACUAACAACCAUUGUGCAACAGGAUUGUACGGUGUAUGAAACAGAAAAUAAAAUUCUUCAUGUGUGUAAAACCCUGUCUGGGAUUUGUGACCACAUCAUUUCCCUCUCCUCUGACUCUCUGGUGUCCCAAUCUGCUCAUCUCGAGGUUGUUCAUCUCACCAGCAUCAUGCCCAGUGAGGGGCUGGGAAUGUAUAUCAAAUCAACAUAUGAUGGACUACAUGUAAUCACAGGAACAACAGAAAAUUCUCCUGCUGACCAGUGUAAGAAAAUCCAUGCUGGUGAUGAGGUGAUCCAGGUCAACCACCAAACUGUGGUUGGCUGGCAGUUAAAGAACCUAGUAAAUGCACUGUGGGAAGACCCAAAUGGAGUGAUUUUAACCUUGAAAAAACGUCCUCAGAAUACCCUGGUUUCUGCUCCUGCCCUUCUGAAGAAUGUGAGGUGGAAGCCUCUGGCCCUGCAGCCUGUGAUUCCAACCAGCCCCACGAGCAGCUCUACAACCCCAACGAGUACGAUGGGCAUGUCCUCAAAAAUGGACAACUCUGCACUCCAGGAUGUUUUCAUUCUUUCCCCUAUGUCAGGACUUUAUGGCCCCAGGGAUGAAAUUGGAAUCAUGUCUUGUGAUGACAUCAGCAAGUUUGGAAAGUCUGGGAUGAAAGGCUCUGAGUCCCCAAACUAUUUCCUGGAGCACGAGAGUGGGAAAUUCUACACGCUGAUAGAGGGGGAAGGGCCCCCCGGGGGCUCCGAGUACGAGAGGAGCAGAGCCCCGGGCGUGAGGAGAAGGGAGAAAACCCCCACCCACGGAGAUUUGAGGCCAGUUUCGAUGCCUACUGAGUACAGCUGGAUUGGGGAGCCCAAAGAACAGAACAUGUACAAGAGGGGAAGCAGAGACUCUGAGAACUCGCUGCUGCGCUACCUGAGCGACGACAAGAUCCUGGUGAUCCAGGAGGAGCCCCUGGCGCAGAAGGACAGCAAAAGGGACACGGCCAGGAGGUCCAGGAGGAAGGGCAAAGGGCCAGGGACCCCCGGCUUCCCCAUCAGCCCCUCGGUGCUGGCCUCCACCAUGAGCAUCAGGAUGGAGCCAGGGCAGCAGGACGUGCUCGGCUUCUCCCUGGCAGAGAACAACACCGUGCCCCUCUACCACAGAGCAGGGGAUACAGUCAGUGGAGAUACUGAAAGAUAUGCAAGUUCUGCCAUUGACCAUCCAGGAAACACAUCCAUGAGGAAGUCAUUCCAUUACGCUUCCCUCAGGGUAAAAAGCAGAAAAUGGUCAAAAGGGAGUUCCCUGUCCAGCGUGAGCAGGAGGCGAAUCUCCUGCAAGGACCUGGGCCACGGCGACUGCGAGGGCUGGCUCUGGAAGAAAAAGGAUGCCAAAGGUUAUUUCACCCAGAAAUGGAAAAAGUACUGGUUCAUCCUGAAGGAUUCCUCCUUGUACUGGUACACAAACCAGAAUGAUGAAAAAGCAGAAGGAUUCAUUAGUUUACCUGAAUUCAGGAUAGACAGAGCAAUUGAAUGCAGACGAAAACAUGCCUUCAAAGCAUGUCACCCCAAAAUAAAGAGCUUCUACUUCGCAACCGACUGCCUUGAAGAGAUGAACAGAUGGAUGAAUCGUUUGGGUCUCGCAGCAAUUGGUUACACCCCUGAUGACAAGGAUAUUCACCCAGAUGAAGCAGAUUACUGGAGCGAGAGCGACCAGGACGACAUCGAGGGCUCCCUGACGCUGAAGCAGGAGGGCUCCUCCACGCUGUGUGACACCUACCACCGCACCCCCUCAGUGAAUUCCUCAAGUCCAUUCCCUGAAGCCAAACAAGGCCGACACUUUUCCAGCGAAUCCACGUAUUCCCAGUCCUCUGCCGAGGACUCGCGGCCGGAGGUGGCGGGCAGCACGCACUCCUCGGGGUGCCGGCCUCCCUACCGAGAACGACGCUCGUGGCAGGACCUGAUCGAGACCCCCUUAACCAGCUCAGGGCUCCAUUUCCUCCAGACCGUCCCUCCGGAGGCCGAGUACGUGAGCGGCCGGCCCGGAAUGUCACCGGACAGACGGAGACAAGCCACGCUGCCCGUCCAGAGGCGCCACAAUUUUGAGCAGGAUGGGCCUUUUCCUCUGGUGGAAUGUCCCAGGGGACACAGCUCCCACGGGCGGCCCCAGAAACCGCGCAGCCAAAGCCUGCCCCGGAACAGAGACGUCCGCGGGAAGGGACGCGUGAAGUCCAUUGAGGACACCGACGACAGCCUGGAUGAGAAGGUUCCUCUUAGAAGGCACAAUAGUUUCUCUGCAGAAGAAAAUGUAAAAGAAAUUGAAGAAAUCACAGAUGGUCUGCAAGCGCUCUACAGAACUCUGGAAGAAGCCAGUCUGUCAGCUUUCGGAGAGCAGCGUCCCUCCACCAAGCAGGAGUUCCGCAAGUCCUUCGUGAAGCGAUGCAACGACCCAGUGAUCAAUGAAAAGCUGCACCACAUCCGAGUCCUCAAGAGCACUUUAAAAGCAAAGGAAGGGGACCUCACAGUUAUCAACAGCCUUCUGGAUGAUCCCAACUUAACAUCCAAGAAGUUCAAAGAUUGGAAACUAAAGAACUAUGAGUUUUUCCUGGACAUUUGUGAGUACAGUGCUGCUGGGAAGUCUCAAAACGGAGCCUCUGAACUGGCAAGCUCAGCCCCAAUGCUGACACACACACACUCCUUCAUCGAGACUCACGUGUGACAGGAGCCUCAGCCUGGUCACUGCUGGGUGCCUGACUGAUGCAGGCAGACAAACCCUGGUGAAUUUAAGGUACUCAGCAGUGCUGUAAAUACUUGGGUAAGAGAAUAGUGCCACAGGAUGCCUACUACAUUGCAUGA